AUGGAUGAGGAAGAAUUCAGUGAUAAACCACUCAAGCUACCUAGAUCGUCAUUUACAGCGUUUAGAUUAACCUACUCAGGGACGAAAGAUAUCAGUGAAUCGUCGAAAUGUAUUCUUAUUGGUAAGAUACCAAUCAUAUGGUUUGAUGAUAAGAGUCCCGGCUUUUUCACAAACACAACUCAAUCAGCAAAGACGCUAGUAAGAAAGAAGUUCAAGUCUGCCUUGGUAUCUGUAAAUCGCAGUAUUCGAAGUAAUUCAAAUGUAAAAGUGAGUGAUGAUCAUUUGGCUGAAAUUUCUGACGGGCUUAACUUGUACCAAAAACGCCCUACUAAGAAAGAAUUAAAUCCCGAAUCAUUUGAUAAUGAUGGCGAAGAAAUCAAUGACCACAGAGAAUUAAACAGUAGUACAAAUGAAAGACACCCUGUCAUCAAUUAUGAACCAAAUGUACACGGAUCGGAAACUUCCUUAGGAAACGAAGUCGGAGACUCGAAAUAUGAAGGUCUUGCGCUAUCUACAUCCAAUGAAAGCUCUUCAUCAACCCAAGUAUCGGACAUGAUUAUGCGCUAUCCAAGUGACAUCCACAUUCUUGGAACGAAUGACCUGUUGAUUUCUUCACCUAUUAAUCAAGAUGAUUCAAAUGGAAAAUCAUUAAAGAAACCUGCGGGUUCAUAUUCAUAUUCUAAUUACCUAGAGCCAUAUUUUACUUCUAUUACACCUAGUAUCACGGAGCAAGACAGCAUUCUACAACCGACGCAUUUAACGACCGAUAGCAUGGUACUGGAGCUCGAUCUGAACAGUCGUCAUCCUCAUUUUGGUCAUAAAGAGAGCACUGUUAAAAGAGCGAAGACGAACAUCACAGUUGAGCAACCCCAGCCUGCAGAAAGCAUCGGCGCUAUUCUGGAGGAGGAAUAUCACACCAGGUUUUUGAAGAAGCUCAGAAAUUUAGCCGCCGCGUCCAAAGGGAAAGCUAGGACGAGUGGCCAUGGUUUACGAAAGAAAGUCUUUCAGAGUCUCUUGAAAAGAUAUGAGGUGGGGGAGAUCGUUAAAAUGGAUAAAAUGUUAGUUUUGACUAAAAUAGCCCGCAAAAUAAAUCACACAUCAAGAUUUGAUGAAAAUGAGAAUUUUGAUUCUCGAGUUUAUGAGAGAUGGAAAGAAUAUUUUAUAGUAUUGAGAAAAACUGAUAGUGAAGCGGAGCCUUUAGACAUUCAGUUUUAUGAUAUUCACAACUCAACGAACGAGACGAAGAAAGAUCCCGAAAUAGCCUUCAAAUUGAACUCAAGUAUUCAUGCUCAUAUCUAUAGUAAAGCUGACAAAGCUAUUUGCUUGUCUGUGCCACAUGACAAUGGCGUUUUGAUAUAUAUUCUCAGAUCGAGUGGCGAAAUUUCAAACUUAAAGUGGCUCUACUUUAUUCGUCUGUUUCUUGACGAAAAUAAGGGCUCAAUAUUUCGUGUUAAAAUUCCUGAAUUGUCCCUUUCAUUCCAUGUCCAGGUUUCAGAUUCAAUGAUAAGUAAAUUAAACCGCAACCUGGAGGUAAUGGAAGUUCAAAAGCUAAAGAGAGGUUACAAGGUUAGCAAUAGUAAUUUAAUCGAGCAUAUAAGGGGUGAAAUAAUUAAUCGACUAAAAGAUAUAAAGACGGUUGAGGUCAAACUGUGGUUAGAGAAAAAUUCCAACCCAUGGUUCUGCUUCAAGGAUUAUGAUCGCUUAGAAUGGGUUUGUGAUAAUAGCAGGUUACUCUACAUUCAAAAUGAAUUGCUCAAUAAUUCUUUUCAGUUGGAAUUAAGGAAUAUGGCAACUUACGUCAGAGAGAUUCCAACAGAAGACGGGAACAUGAUAACAGAACCUUAUCCCAUAGAAGGGUUUUUGGCUAGGCUUACUAACAUCUCGGGGAACAAAACUUCAUUGUUACGGUCAUUUCAUAAACUUCUGUAUUUUUACUCUUGUGAUAACAUUUUAUUUUUUACGAAAUAUUAUAGGGCAGUUCCUCCUUCACCUGAUUGCGUUCUUAUGAACAAAGGAGAUUCGAGCUUGGAUAAUGAGCUACCCAUGAUUUAUGAGCACUCACCUUUUGAGCUCGAUGAAAAUGAGCAAAUUGUUUGGUUGAAUAAAAGGGAUUUUGAGCAUUAUGAUAACUUAGCAUUGAGUGAACUAGAAAGACGCGCUCAACAAUUAAUUAAAGCCGAGGCACUUAUAGACAUAUGCUUGAUAAAAGCCAUAAGGCCUAUACCACUAGAGGAUGUAAAGCUAUCACAUAAAAUUUUAUUGGGAGUGCUAUUUUAUGGUCAGAGUGGCUUAUCUGACAUAGAGAUUUUAGAUUCAGCAUUUGAGAUUGAAUUUUAUAAUGGAGGAACAUUACAAUUACAGGCGCCGACAAAAGAAGCAAGGGAACAUUGGGUAGAAAGAUUGAAGAGCUUGAGAUCGUAUUGGCGGCGAAGAAAAGCUUUCGAAUUGAAAAAGAGGAUUGAACUCAAAAAAUUUAACCAACACCUUUUACGUAUCGACGAAUAUACUGAUUCAAAUGUGGUCUUUGAGACAAACAACCUCGAAACCACGCGAGCGAAGUCAGAUCCCCUUCUCUGCAAUAUAGAUGGCAUAGCAAUGUCAAAAUGCAUUCUACUAAGCGGUUACCUAUAUCAAAAGUAUAAGAAGCAUUCGAAUUUCGACCAGUAUUUUGUUGUACUUUGUCCAGGGUUUUUAAUACUUUUUUCGAUGUUCAAGAGAUCUAAGAAAUCAGGUGUUUGGAAGAAAAGUACGUGUUUCGAACAUUACUUGACUAUACCAAUAUCAAAUUGCUACCUCUAUUCUGGACAUAGUACUGCUCUAGAUUUGUUAGAAAGAGAACGAGAAGUCGAUAACCUGAAUCCAGGUAGGCCCUAUCUCCCGCGUUUAUAUGCUGACGGGUGGAAAUCAUCAGAGGAAGAAUCUUUGAGAUGUUUCACCCUCUGGUUUGGAAGAAAGCGCCAGAUUUCAGGAAACGACAAGAUUGCUUCGAAAUACAACGUUAAGAGUGACAAUUACAAAAAAAGUACCCCAAAAAACCCAGGAAUUUUUAAUAUGACAAGAAAAUUAGGAAUUACUGGUCGAAGUAUAGUCUUUAUGGCUAGAUCAAGACAAGAGAGAGAACUUUGGGUGAAUAAAAUUUAUUCCGAAAUUGAUAGGUUUGCUAAAUCCAACUGA